UAUAGUGACAUCAUAAUGCCUCGAAGGAGUUCUCGAUUGUUGAGCAAACAAUCAACAGACAAUGAUAUAUGUAUGAACGAGAAGAAACAAGAAAAUAAUGAAAUAUCACAUGAACAUAAUAAUGACCAAGUAUCUAAUACAGAAUCAGAUGAUUUUAAUGGAAUUAGAAAUCCUGCAAGAUUAGAAAAUGUUGAAAAUGGAGACGAUUUUAAAGAUGAUAUUGAAUCAGAUGUUGACAUUGACAAACUAGCAGAUGAAAUUUCCGAUCAAAUUCUUGGAAAAUCGAAAAAAAAUUUACUAGCGAAUGAAUAUUUUUUUACUUACGAUGAAAACGAAGAGAAAGAAAUAAGGCCUUCAUCUGAAAUUGAAGUUGGUGAUAUAAUGGACGAUUGUUACAUCACAGUAACCCCAAAUGUAAACAAUGGAGUUAAAAUUCAGAUAGAAGAUACUGUGGCGAAGUCCGUUUUGACCCCUGGGUUUGAAUCUUUAACUCGUAUACCUUGUGCGGCAAGUAGAAGGUCCCAGGUCAAACAACGACGAUUAGAACGAAAGAAAACAAGCGGAAAGAAAUGGUUUAACAUGAAAUGUCCUGAAAUUACGGAAGAAAUUCGAAACGAUCUAAAGGUUCUUGAGAUGCGUUCUGUGCUCGAUCCUAAGCGAUUUUAUAAGCACAAUGACAGAAAGGGGACACCCAAGUUUUUUCAGAUGGGAAAAAUUAUGGACAAUUCUGCCGACUUUUAUUCGUCACGUGUUACGAAGAAAGAACGAAAAUCGACGCUCGUUGGCGAAUUACUUGCCGAUGCAAAAUUCAAGAAAUAUCAAAAACGAAAGUAAGUAAUUCUGUAAUUGUAUACGAG